AUGCGGGAAGCACUACGUGCGACAAGCCUGCUCCUUCUAGGCUUAGCAGGCGCUGCUCGAGCUUUACAGCCAAUCAUACUGGCUGACACCAACCGCGACGGCCAGAUCGACCUCAUCGGUGAUUCUGAUACCGUUGGUAGAGAGACGUGGAGCGAAGAGCGCGGUGCGCUCUUUCUUGCCAAUAUUGGAGAUAGCGGCCGGCGUUGCUCUAGUCUUAUCCACGCAAACGUAUCGUCCGAUUCACGAGAGUCCAAGAAUGACUUGGACCAGUGCCACGAUGCUUCUGGUACCGAGCAGCGCAACCCUAAAUACCUUGCCCCCCUUGCUACCCUUCCAUUGAUCAGCGUGAGCGACUCUGCCUCUGGCUCUGUUACUGUCCUUGGCGAUGCUGCAAGCAAAAACGUUCGCAUCUUCCAAAAGGUGGGCUGUGACUGGCGUUUUGUCAGCAGCAACCACACCUUCUCCGCCGACGAGCUCCGAAGCGGCUUGAGCCUCGGAAUUGAUGCCCGGGACGUACGCCGACCGGGCGUCUGGGACGGCCGAGCGCAGGUGCAAUUCUCUGUGCGCGACGGAGCAGACAAGGCCCAAGAUGUGGUCGCCCUGCGCGUCGCUCCAAUCCUCACCCAUCACCACCUCCAGAGUGCGACCGAAAUUGUGGUGGGAGCACCACGGCAGCCCGGUCCGCAGCAGACAUUUGUCAAGGAGAUGGGCGACAUCUCUCGAAGCUCGGGCAUUCAGAAACCUCUGCGAAUCAUAACAGGAACCGAUGUGUGGGUGCAGGACCAUUUCGAGUUUGGGUACAUGAGCAUCCCAGGACCGUCCGGGCCAAAGACUCUUCGGGUAGUCAUCCGAGCAGCUAAACCCGACCAGGCAGGAGAAGUUGCCUUCUCCGAGUUCAGAUCAGACACUGUUGGAGCAGUGCAGUUCCUGCCACAGGAGGAGGGUGAAGACGUUGGAAAAGACGCGACUGGAAACCUGGAAGCUGUGCCGCCUUACGAGCAUCAAGGCAACUCCUACCCUGUUGGGCGCACCAUCAUGGGAUCACGCUACGGGAGCCGGCCGCUCAUUGCGGAGUUUUUGGACGCACAAGAGGCGCAGCCAAUGGUCAAUGUUGAUACGUCGUGGCUGUACAUUGGUCACGUCGACGAAUUUAUGCAGUUUCUCCCCGCGCCGUCGGAGCGAGGCUGGGUCAUGGCCGUCCACGACCCCGUCCAGGCUCUCGAGAUUCUGCAAAAGGCCCAGAGCGAGGGACACGGAGGUGUCAAGGCCGUCUCGCGACCGGUGAUGCCUGACGACAAGCUCGGAACCCACGGCAACGGGCCCUUGCCCAACCUGACCAUCAACGCCCUGCUCGACCUGCCCGAUUUCGCACGCGUGCAGCAGUACGUCGGCCGACAAAUCGCCAAGAACGUGGAGAGUGUGAAGCGCGAAAUCGGUCUUGCCGACUCGGAGAUUCUGUACAUCCCGGGUCUCUUCUACAACGAGACCAUGGAAGGCAAGCGCACGUACCAGCCGAUCAAGGUCUUCCCCGACGUGGACAAGGAGGACGAGUCGCUGACGGCGUACGAGACCUCGUUCCAAGUCUUUGCAAUCUACCCUUCGACGGUCAACGGCGUGCUCUUCAGUCCGACGCACUACGUGGCGCCCAACCCUUGGGGGCCCGUCAUUGACGGCAAGGAUAUCCUGAAGGAGGCCACGCUGGCUGGUUAUGCCGCCAGCAACCUGACGGUGACGUUUAUGGAUGAUUGGUACUCUUUCCAUCUCGGUCUGGGGGAGAUUCAUUGCGGAUCCAACGCCUUUCGCGAGUGCACUGCAAAGUGGUGGUAG